GGAUGGCAUCCACUCCUGCCAAGCAUGAGGAGGCCAAGGACAGCCGGCUGUGUCAAGCUGCAGCCUCCCCGAGUGAGGGGCCGAAGUUUUCAUUACCUCACUCUGAGGAGUUCCUGAGCCGGAUCAGCGCAGAGCUCACGGAUGAGGCCUUGUUUAUAGCUUGCUGCCACAUGACCCCAGGGCCCCCCAAGGAAAAGCAAACCAAAGACCAGGGGACACAGAUCUCACAGCAUGUGUUCUGCACAAAGACCAGAGGUACAGACACCCGAUCGGACAGGAACCGGACCCGCAACAAAGUACACCUGCUGCCAUCCCCUCGUGCUAAGGGAGCUCUUGCUACCAGCUUGGCAGCCGCAAGAUGAGUCCCACACUGCUGCCCUCCCAUCCCCUUCCCCCUCCCAUCCCCUUCCCCCCAUCAUCCCCCCCGCCAGACCCUGCCUCCAAGUUUCCCUUUGCAACUCUUGAUUUGAGAGGGACCCCUGAUGGUGAACAGCCCUCCUGAAGCCUGGCCGACUGUUACGGAAUCAUCAGACAGCUUGUCACUCACCUCACCACCCUCAGCCAGGACCCUGCCAGGAAGAGGAGGUUUUUAAUAAAGAGACUG